AUGGAAGAUGCUAGAUUAGUCUUCCAAAAUAUGAAUGAACGCAAUGUAGUCUCAUGGACUACGAUGAUAUCUAGUGAUGAAGCAGAAGCGGUAUCUGUCUUUAAUGAGAUGAGAUUAGAUGGUGUUUAUCCUAAUGAUGUAACGUUUAUUGGCUUAAUCCAUGCUAUCACGAUCAGGGAGCUUGUUGUGCAAGGAAAGAUGGUUCAUGGGUUUUGCAUUAAGACUGGCUUUUCAUCAGAACCCAAUGUUUGUAAUAGCCUCAUCACCAUGUAUGCUAAGUUCAAGUCCAUGCAAGACUCAGUUAAGGUUUUUCAAGAGCUCAAGUACCAGGAUAUCAUAGCAUGGAAUGCUUUAAUUUCUGGGUUUGCACAAAAUGGGUUGUGUCAAGAAGCUAUCAGGGCAUUUUUCUCAGCACUUGUGGAAAUCAAGCCAAACCAAUACUCAUUUGGUAGCGUCUUGAAUGCAAUUGGUGCUGCCGAGGAUGUAUCUCUAAAGUAUGGUCAAAGGUGCCACUCUCAAAUAAUAAAACUUGGACUCAACACUGACCCCAUUGUUUCUAGUGCUCUCCUUGACAUGUACGCAAAGCGUGGGAGCAUUUGCGAGUCUCAAAAAGUUUUUUCAGAGACACCUCAGAGAAGCCAAUUUGCCUGGACAGCAAUCAUCUCUGCCUAUGCAAGGCACGGGGACUAUGAAUCAGUCAUGAAUUGGUUUGAGGAGAUGAGGAGGCUUGAGGUGAGACCUGACUCAAUCACCUUUCUUUCUAUAUUAACAGCCUGUGGGAGAAAGGGAAUGGUUGAUAUGGGCUGUCAUGUCUUUGGCUCAAUGGUUAAAGACUAUAAAGUAGAACCAUCAGCGGAGCAUUACUCUUGUAUGGUGGAUAUGCUGGGUCGUGCAGGGCGACUCAAGGAAGCAGAGCGAUUGGUGAAUCAUAUUCCAGGUGGUCCUGGAUUGUCUGUGUUGCAAAGCUUGCUAGGAGCGUGUAGGAUGCAAGGGAAUGUGGACAUGGGAGAGAGGGUAGCUGAUACUUUGAUGGAGAUGGAUCCUACAGAAUCAGGCUCUUAUGUGUUGAUGUCCAACUUGUAUGCUGUGACUGGACGAUGGGAAAUGGUUGCAAAAUUAAGAAAAGGGAUGAGAGUGAAGGGAGUGAGGAAGGAAGUAGGAUUUAGCUGGGCGGAUGUUGGGGGCAUUGACGGUUCCUUGUCUUUACAUGGGUUUUCAUCAGGGGACAAGUCCCAUCCACAAUCUGAGGCAAUAUGCAGGAUGGCAGAAUGUCUGGGAUUUGAAAUGAAAUUUUUGAGGGAGAGAGAGCAUCAGCAGAACAGUCUAAUGUGCCUUUAA